AUGUUUUCGAAUGCAAUAAAAUUAGAAAACUUGAAUGAUUACUUCAACGAUGCUGAAGAAUGUAUAAAGCCAUUUUUGUAUACGUCCAAUGUUAAUGAAAAUAAAAUAGAGAAACCAAAUUUGAUUAAUAUUAAUAAGAAAAAAAAUAUAAAAAAUGUAAAAAACAAAAAUAAUAAUGAGAGAGGUGAAAUUUCGUUAACUGAUUGUUUGGCUUGUAGUGGAUGUGUUACUAAUGAAGAAACAAAUUUUUUAAAAAAUCAAAAUGCAAUUGAAAUAUUAAAUAAUUUAAAAAAAAAAAAAAUUAACAUCAUUUCGUUAUCAUUACAAAGUUUAACAGCGUUGUCUGUAUAUUAUAAAUUGCCAAUUCAUACAACUCAAAAAAAAUUAUGUUUUUUUUUUAAAUCGCUAAAUUUUGACUAUGUUUAUGAUUCAUCUUUGAGUGAAUUAAUCGCACUAGAUCAAGCAAAACACGAAUUCCUUUCAUAUUUUUAUAAAAAAAAUCCAGAUUUAUAUAAACAGACAAAUCCCAAACUCAAUACCACGCAUGCAUUGAGUAGUGAUGCCGAAUUGGGGGAUAAGCUAUUUGAAGGAGUUUUUAAAAAAAUUAAAAAUAAAGUAAUAAAUAAUGAAAUAAAAAGAGAAAAUUAUCAUAUUUAUCAAACCCAAUAUAAUCAAAAAAGUCGACCCAUAAAACUUAAUAACGAUAAGGAACUAUUAAAUAAUUAUGAAGACUCGAUUGAUAAUAAAUGGGAUGAAAGAUAUCCAGUAAUAUGUGCGCAUUGUACUGGUAGUGUUAUAUAUGGAGAAAAAAAACUUGAUAAUAAUUUUUUAAACGCAUUUAGUAAGUUAAGAAGCAGUCAAGAUAUACAAGGAAUCAUUUUAAAACUAUUACAUGCCCAGAAUAACUUGUAUGCAUAUUCCCUACUCAAAAAACAACUUAUUAACACAUUCUUUGACAUGUAUAAGUAUAAAUUAAAAUUUAUAAAAAGCUUCGAGAAAUAUUACCUAAAAAACAACAAGUUAUUAAAAAGUACAAAUAAUAAUGAAAAAGAAAACAAUCCAACAAAUUCAAAUAAAGCUUAUGAAUAUGUCCCUGUGUCAAUUUAUGAAAUAAACCAUGUUUAUUUGUUAUAUUGCUUUGAUAAAAAAUUGGAAUCACAAAGAAAUAAUAUUUCACAAAAAAAUGCUAUUGAUAAAAAUAUAGCAACAUAUUUGAAUUAUUUUAGUUUGAACAAUAUAGAUAAUCAUGUGGAUAUAAAUAGUUUUUAUAACACUACCACAAAAACGAAUUUAAGCAACAGUUUUUAUUCUGUAGAUUCAGUUUUAACCACUAUAGAACUUAUUGAAUUAAUUAAUAAAUUGCAAAUAAACUUUUAUGCAUUGCCUGAAAUAAAUAUUGAUAAUAUUUAUUCCCUUUUUGAAAAAAUAAACAAAUUUGAAUUAUCAAAUAAUAAUACAAAUAUUGAUACCACAAAUUUCAUGGAUAUAAAAAAUUAUAAAGAAAAUAAAAUACAAAAUAAUUUUGAUGGAAACCCUGCAUUACAGAAAGAUAACAAUUUUAACGAAUCUCUACAUUUUAUCUAUAAAAAUAUGUCUGAUAAAGUAAUUCGAUGUAGUAAUAAAAAUAAUAUUUCAAUGGGUUAUGGAGAGGAAAUAUUCAAAUAUGUGUGUAAUAAAAUUUAUGAUUGUAAUAUAAAUGAAAAUAACUUUAAUUUCAAAUAUAAUGACAUAGUUGUAUUAUCUUUGUAUGAAAACGAUACUUGCGUUUUCAGAGUUGUUUUAUCUUAUGGUUUUAAAAGUAUGUAUAGUGUUUUAAAAAAAAUAAAAGAAGGAAAAUAUAUAAAGAGAAAUGAAAUAAAAAAAGAUGUCGAAAAAAUAUACAAUAUCAAAAUCACUUACAAUCUUCAUUUUAAUGGUCAAAUUGAUUAUGUCGAAUUAAUGGCUUGUGAAAAAGGAUGCCUUUUUGGAUGUGCACAAAAUAUUUUUGAUGAAUAUGACAUUCCUGAUUUUUCUACAUGUUCAUGUUAUAAUCUUAAUAUUUUUAAAAAAGUUGCUGAGCAAACUGUCAUACAGAAUUUUGAUUUCCUUUCCAUAGAAAAUACUAAUAAAAAUACACUUUCAAAAAAUGACGAAAUACCAAAUUAUAUAUGCUGCUCAAGUAGUCAACACAAAGCAUCUUGUAUGAAUAAAUUAUCAUCUACUCAAAUUAAAAAUAAUGAAAAUAAAAAAACUGAUAAAGAAAAAUUAUUUCAAGUUUUAUAUAACCAAAUUCAUAACGACGAAUAUACAAAAUAUGUUAAUUCAAAAAAAUCCACAAAUGAUUUAACUAUUAACUCAUUUUUAAACAAUAUUUUUAAUAUUUUUAACACAAAGACUUUUCAUAUAUUUAAAACUACUUUAACUUCAAAAAAGAAAAUGGACAUAAUUAACUGGUAG